AAAACUAAAGCUAUAGACAAUGAACUCAACCCAGUAUGGAAAGAGCUUCUAGAAUUUGAUCUGAAAGGAAUACCCCUGGACUACUCCUCGACGUUGGAGGUCAUCGUCAAAGACUUUGAAACAAUCGGAAAAGACAAAUUCAUUGGAAGUACAAUUUUAUCUCUUAAAGAACUUUCAACAGGGCAGAGCCGAUCAUUUCCAUUUAAAGGAGUAGCUCUAAUGAGUGAGAAAUCACAACCCAUUGGUUCCACCAUUGAUUUGAUGGUGUCCUAUGAGGCACCUGCAUCUCCUACAAAUCAAAGUGACCCAGGAGGAACAAAUGUGCAAACAGUUGAUGGAGAUAAAGAUGAAGAGGAAGAUGGAGAUGUUGUCGACUCAGGAUUUAACCCACUUAUGCCAGGCGUUCCUGGUCAGACGGAAAAUCAACUCGCUCGACGUCUUACCAAAGGAAAGAAGACCAGGAGGAUUCUUUCAAACAAACCUCAAGACUUCCAGAUUCGGGUUCGGGUGAUUGAGGGACGCCAACUGUCUGGUAACAACAUAAAACCAGUUGUGAAAGUUCACUUAUGUGGACAUACCCAUAGGACA